UCUGACAAGCAUGGACCUCUGCCCACAAGAACAACACCGGAGGUGUUUCUUCUCGAACCUGGCCCUCACCAGCCUCGCUCAGAAUCAUCGCUUAGUUGUAGCGUCCUACCAUCUGGAGACAUUUACGUCAGCCUCCUGCGUCAUGACAGCGAUCCACUGGCUAAAUUACUGGCUUCCGGCAGAGCCACCAUAGAGGAGAACAGUGCAGACAGUCUUGCUAUAGUUCCAAGCAUGUCCGCACAGUCUUGCAAGGUACCUUCAGGUUUGCCAGCUGAAGGUCAUCAUGCAGCCGCAGGUACAGAAUCAUGCAUUGCUGACAACUUGGAUGUUAAACCAUGCGCUGAGAACAAUGGCAAAGACAAAGAACAGUCAUGCGGCAUCGUACCACCUAGAGACAUUUACCUCUACCUCCAAGGCGAUGGCAACAACCCACUGGCUAAAUUACCAGCUUCUGGUGGGGCCAUAACAGAAGACUGCAACAUAGACAGUCUCGCCACGGUGUCUCGUGCGUCUGCACUUUCUUGUGAGGCAACUUCAAUUUUGGCGAUUGGAGGAGUUCAUUCUGCAGCCACAGACACAUCAUCGCACAUUGCUGACAACUCCGGUGUCGAAUUGUGCCCUGAUAAGUGUGAGAAAUUCAGUGAGCAUUCGUACAGUGGUUGGCGGGGCACUUUGCUUCAGAGGCAGGAGAAGUACGCUUGCCACCUGUGCCCAUACACAACCAGGUAUCCAAGCGUCAUAGAGCGUCACCGGCUGCUGCACACAGGCGAGAAACCACACAAGUGUCAGGUCUGCAGCCGCGGUUUCCGUCUGCGCACUACAAUGUUGCAGCACCUACGCAUACACACGGACGAGCGCCCGUACCAAUGCAAGACAUGCUUGCGCUCCUUUCGCCAUGGUUCGUCCUUGCAAAAACACGAACGCGUGCAUACGGGAGAGCGACCCUAUCAGUGUGAAACAUGCGACCAGGCGUUCAGCGCCCUCACUGUACUAAAGCGCCACAGACGCACCCAUACAGGCGAGAAGCCCUUUGUGUGCCCAAUCUGUGACAUGCGAUUUGGAGAUGCAGGUGCCAAGAAGCGCCACAUGCGUCGCAAGCAUGCGGUUGACAAGUGACCCUUCAACUUGGCAUGCUUGACUACCGUCUUUUAAGGGAAGAGGCACUGUCUUGUGUUUCUUUUUACUUGGAAAUCCUUUGAUCUUUUUGCACCUUACGAGGUGCCAUUUUCCAAAGGCCAACUCACCUGACAAGGUGCUAUGGUGCCGGACCACUCAUGGAGAUCAUUUGCUCAAUGAGCACACAGUCCAUGGUUUUGUGGUCUCCACCUAUUGUCUGUGCCUGUGUAAUGAAAGUGUGAUGUGGGUGACGGAGUGCUGCAAGGGGAACUUGUCACUGUCCUGUGUUUUUCCAAUAGAGUUCUGUGCCACUAGACAUAGUAAUGAGCUGCAAUUCCAGCUUUCUAUGCAUUGAUACAAGCUUUGUACCUUGCAUGUGUGUGACAGCGUCGACUAUUUAUUCACAAAAUUUCCCAUUUCAUGUUAAUUCUAGUAUACUUCCAUGUCCAUCGUGCCUGUAGCACAUCCAUUCGAAGGUCAUUCUGCACUUAUAUCAUUAAGUUAUGUGUUUCAAGUUGGGACAUGAACAUUGUAGCUUGUGCUGCAUUGCUCGCCCUUCACACUAAUGCCAAGUGUAAUUUAAGCAGCAUAUCAGUGUUUCUUUUGCUGCCGUUGUCUUUCUUUAGCAAUAAACAUGUAUUACAGUCAA